GUCUCACUGUUGUGCACAUUUUUUUGUUUGUGAAUUUGUUUCCAUGAAUUAAGAGAGAUGGCGACCUAUUUCGGGGUCUAUAUCCCGACGACGGGACUGAUUGAGGGCCUGGCAUCCCACUGUGCGGGUUCCAUAGCGGCGGUGAACAUAAAGCCAACCAUUCCGGCAUCUCCAUUGGGAUCAGGAUCUGAAUCUGGAUCGCCACCCGGUUCGGGAAUGCCCUCCCAAUCGGUUAACCCGGAGGAUGCCGUUAAGUACGAGGAUCCCGACUUUCCACCUGACUCGCCACUGUGGCUGGUCUUCACAGAUAAAUCCAAGGCGCUGGACGUCCUGCGGCACUACAAGGAGGCCCGCCUGCGCGAGUUCCCCAAUCUGGAGCAGGCGGAGAGCUACGUCCAGUUCGGGUUCGAGAGCAUCGAGGCGCUCAAGAGAUUUGGCAAGGCCAAGUCCGAAAGCAAGCCCAUUCCGCUGAGCGGCGGCAACGGCUACAAGAGCUCGUCGGGCUCCACGGACAGUUCGUGCUCCUCCUCGCCGACGGGAGCGGGCGGCGGGAGCAGUCCCUCGAUGUCCAGCCUACUGCUCAGCAGCUCGCCCACCUCCUCGCCGAGCAGCACUAGCCACAUCAUUGCCAAUGGCCGCCAGCAACAACAGUUGCAGCAACAUCAUCAGCCUCAACAGCAACAGCAGCAGCAGCAGCAGGAUUUGUUCGGAGAACGUCCUCCGUUCCGGGCGCCAAGCAAACAGGAACUGGUGGAGUUUCGCAAGCAAAUCGAGGGUGGCCACAUCGAACGGGUCAAGCGGAUCAUAUGGGAGAACCCUCGAUUCUUGAUCAGCAGCGGCGACAAGCCGACCAGCCUGAAGGAGGGCUGUCGCUAUAAUGCCAUGCACAUCUGUGCCCAGGUCAACAAGGCCAGGAUCGCCCAGUUGCUGCUGAAGACCGUUUCGGAUCGGGAGUUUGCCCAGCUGUAUGUGGGCAAGAAGGGCAGCGGCAAGAUGUGCUCGGACCUCAACAAGAGCCUGCUGGACUACUACCUAAACAUGCCGGACAAGGCCCGUGGCGAGACGCCGCUCCACUUCGCUGCGAAGAACGGCCAUGUGGCCAUGGUCGAGGUGCUCAUCACAUAUCCGGAAUGCAAGUCGCUUAAAAAUCACGAGGGCAAGGAGCCCAGGGAAAUUAUCUGCCAGCGUAAUGCGCAGGCCGCCCAUGUGACCCUCGUAAAGCUGGAGCUGCUCCUGCAUGAUCCGCACUUCGUGCCCGUGGUGAGAUCUUCAUCGAACACACUGCCCCCAAAAGUGGGUAAACCGUUCUCGCCCAAGGACCCACCGAGCCUGCAACAGAAGACGGACGAGUGCGAGGGUCUGAGCGUGGACCUGACAAUCAGUGCGCUGGCGGGACCCAUGUCCCGCGAGAAAGCAAUGAACUUCUACCGCCGCUGGAAGACACCGCCAAGGGUCAACAGCAAUGUGAUGUCGCCGCUGGCCAGCUCGCCGUUUAGCUCGCCGGUGAAGGUGACGCCGAGCCACUCGAGUCCCGUCCAGGCGGGGCGUCGCCUGCUCUUCGGUCCGCUGGCGGCGACCACCAGCUCACCGAAACGCCCGCCGAACGUGCCCAAUGGCACCAGUGAGUGCGAAAACAAUAACAAUAAUAAUGUCAAGCCUGCGUAUCCGCUGGAGACGCCAGCCACACCUAUACGCCAGAUGAAACCGGAUUUAUUCAUGGCCUAUCGCAGCAACCACAGCGUCGCCUCGAUGGCCGAUGAUUCCAUGUUGCUGGACAUGAGUCUCAGCUGCAGCAUGAACGCGUCGCUGAACGACAGUUUCCGCGAGCGGCACAUCAAGAACUCGGACAUUGAGAAGGGUCUGGAGGUGGUGGGCCGCGAACUGGCGCGCCAGGAGCAGUUGGAGUGGCGCGAGUACUGGGACUUUCUUGACUCCUUCGUCGACAUCUGCUCGCCCGACGGACUGGCCCGCCUGGAAGCGUACUUUUUGGACAGGACCGAGCAGCUGGCGGAGAAGGCGGAAACGGUCUGGAACUUUUCCCAUCUGCAUCAGUAUUUGGAUUUGAUGUCAGGCGAGCAGCAGCAGCAGUCGCGCAAGGACAGGAAUGCGUCUGCAGCCGCGACUUCGCAAUCCGCCGGGGUCAUGACUCCGUACACAUGCGUGGAGAAGUCGCUGCAGGUGUUUGCCAAGCGCAUCACCAAAACGAUGAUCAACAAGAUCGGCAACAUGGUGUCCAUCAACGACACGCUGCUCUGCGAGCUCAAAAGACUGAAAUCGCUGAUUGUCAGCUUUAAGGAUGAUGCGCGCUUUAUAAGCGUGGACUUUAGCAAGGUGCAUUCGCGCAUCGCCCACCUGGUGGCCAGCUAUGUGACCCAUUCCCAGGAGGUGAGCGUGGCCAUGCGCCUGCAGCUUCUGCAGAUGCUCCGCUCCUUGCGCCAAUUGCUGGGCGAUGAGGGUGGCCGGGAGCAGCAUUUGGGCUGCGUGUGCGGCAGCCUGCUGCUGAUGCUGGAGCAGGCCCCUACCAGCGCCGUACAUCUGCCGGACACUCUGAAGACCGAGGAGCUCUGCUCCGCCGCCUGGGAGACGGAGCAGGGAUGCGUCUGCCUGUGGGACGCCAAUCUCAGUCGGAAGACCAGUCGGCGCAAGCGCACCAAAUCGCUGCUGGCAGCUGCCGUUCAGUCGCUGUCGCAGGACACAGCGGCAUCGGCAUCUGCAUCCACAUCCACGGGAACGGGAACCACCGCCAUGCACGUCUCGCUAAGCCUGGGAGCGACCAGCUUCGGGACGCCGAGGGCAGUCGUCGUGGCGCAUCCAAGCGACGACGAGGACGAGGACAGCGACGAAUACGACAACUUUUACGACUGCUUGUUGCCGAAUGAGAGCAGCAGCGAGGACGAGGAUAACUUCCGAACGCCGCCAGAGAGCCUGUCGCCGCGCAUGUCCGUGGACUUGGAGCCGCCCUACGAUCUGUUCAUAUUCGGAAACGAGCCAACCAAGCGGGAUUUGGAUGUGCUGAGGGCCCUUUCCAAUAUAGACGUGGAGAAGGAGACACUGCCGCAUGUCUACGCCUGGAAGACUGCCAUGGAGAGCUUUUCCAGUGCCGAAAUGAAUCUCUUUCCAUCGCCGAAGAACGUGAAGGUUCAAAAGCCAGACCCUUGGCUACCGGCACCGAGUGCUAACCACAACAGCCAGCCAUUGCUGCAUUCCAAGCGGAUCCUGACCACCCCCAAGCUGAAUGCCGUAUCCGCUGGGAGACGUGGCUCCGGACCCGGACCUUCGACGCCGCCCCGCCUGCAGCGCACUCCGUCCGCCGCCAGUAUUCAAGUUCAAGUUGCAACCCCCACGAAUGGCGCAGUCGUUGGAGCUCCUCCUUCGUCGCCGGCCUUGGGUUUCGCUGCCCUGGCGGCGGCGUCGCGGACAUUCAAAACGCCCCUGAACAAGAUGCGCGGAUUGUUUAGCCAAUAUCGCGAGGCGGCCGAUGAGGAGGUGGACUGCACGCCGAUCGGCAACAGAUACGCCCAUUAGUACCCCGAACCCCCCCAUUUUUUUAACCUACAUUUUAAAAAAGAAAUAAAACAGUGAAGUUAACUUUUUAAAUUAUAAAAA